ACUUUCGCGCCAAAACGGAAACAUGGCGUCCUAAGAUCCACUGGAUUGAGUUAUAAGUCUGCUUGCAAGCGAAGAUCUUCACUACUUAUCAGAAACAUGGACGUGGCUGAACAACACGCAGCUACCAAUCAAGUUAAAGAUGCUCUCGGAGAGCGAAUGCAGAAACUUUUUCAAGACUUUCUCGAAGAAUAUCGUGAUGAAAAAGGUCUGAAAUAUCUCCCAGCAGUUAGAGAAUUGAUAAAACCUGAACGAAAUACAGUAACUAUUGAUUUCUCUGAUGUGGAAACACACAGCCAAGAGCUUGCUACAACUCUCGUUAAUGAAUACUACAGGUUAUAUCCUUAUUUGUGCCGGGCCGUGAAGAAUUUUUUGCAUGAUAGAGUUCAUUAUUCUCAAAACAUACGGGAGGCAAAUAGAGAAAAGGAAAAAGACUAUUAUAUUAGCUUUUGUAACUUUUUCGCCGUGAUCAAGGUGAGAGAAUUGACUACGACAAAAUUGGGUCAGCUGAUUAAAAUUUCUGGACAAGUCGUAAGAACACAUCCUGUUCAUCCGGAGUUGGUUAGGGGAACUUUUAUUUGUUUAGACUGCCAUACCAAGAUUCCAGACAUCGAACAACAAUUUAAAUACACUCAGCCUACAAUAUGCAGAAAUCCGGCUUGUAACAAUAGAACUAAGUUUCAAUUGGAUGUUCAUUGUUCUAAAUUUGUUGAUUUUCAAAAAGUAAGAAUUCAAGAAACUCAAAGCGAGUUGCCCAGAGGCUGCAUUCCCAGAAGCGUAGAAGUGAUUCUUCGAGGCGAAGCUGUUGAAAAAGCUCAACCUGGAGAUAAGUGUGAUUUUACAGGAACGCUGAUUGUGGUACCCGAUGUUGCGAGUCUAUCUCUUCCUGGAGCAAGAGCCGAAACCGGAGCAAAAGUUCUCCCAGGAGAAGCUGGUUACGAAUCUGAAGGAGUGCGAGGCCUAAAAGCCCUUGGGGUCAGAGACUUACAUUACAGAUUAGCCUUUUUAGCAUGCAAUGUAGAAGCUACUAAUCAAAGAUUUGGUUUAGCAAAAGAUCCCAGGAUGAUUGAAGAGGCAACCAGAGAAACAAUUAAAGAUCAAAUGACUUCCCAAGAAUGGGAGACGAUCUAUAAUAUGAGUAGAGACAGGCAAUUAUAUCAUAAUCUUGCAAGCAGUCUCUUUCCAACAAUUCAUGGAAAUGAAGAGAUUAAACACGGUAUUCUGCUAAUGUUGUUUGGAGGCGUUCCUAAGGUUACAGAAGAAGGUACAAAUCUUAGAGGAGAUAUUAAUGUUUGCAUUGUUGGUGAUCCUAGUACAGCUAAGAGCCAGUUUUUGAAGCAAGUCGAAGAGUUUAGUCCUAGAGCUGUUUACACAAGCGGAAAAGCUAGUUCGGCAGCAGGUUUAACAGCUGCCGUUGUGAAAGAUGAAGAGUCUCAUGAAUUUGUUAUUGAAGCGGGAGCUUUGAUGUUGGCUGAUAACGGUGUCUGCUGUAUAGACGAAUUUGAUAAAAUGGAAAUAAGAGAUCAAGUUGCUAUACACGAAGCAAUGGAACAGCAAACUAUUUCCAUUACAAAAGCUGGCGUUAAGGCUACCUUAAAUGCAAGAACGUCAAUUUUGGCAGCUGCAAAUCCAAUUGGUGGACGCUACGACAGAACUAAAUCAUUGAAGCAGAAUUUAGCGAUGAGCGCACCUAUUAUGUCAAGAUUUGACUUAUUCUUUGUAGUUGUAGAUGAAUGCAAUGAGGUGACUGAUUACGCAAUUGCCAGAAGCAUCGUUGAUUUACACAGGAAAGAGGAAGAAGCCGUACAAAGAAAAUAUUCUGUAGAAGAUAUUCAACGUUACAUAACUUUUGCGAGACUCUUUAAACCGAUUAUAAGUCCUGCUGCUCAAAAAUAUAUGGUUGAAGAAUAUAAGAAGCUAAGGCAAAGGGACUCUACAGGAUCGGGCUCUAUGUCCUGGAGAAUAACUGUUCGUCAAUUAGAGAGUAUGAUUCGGUUAAGCGAGGGCAUGGCCAGAUUACAUUGUGUUGAUCAAGUUCAACCAAAGCACGUUAAAGAGGCUUUUAGAUUGUUGAAUAAGAGUAUUAUUAGAGUUGAACAACCCGAUAUCAAUUUCGAAGAGCAAUUCGAAGAUAUUGAAAUGGACGAAGAAAACGGAGAAAAAAUGGAAACUAGCAUCCCCGAGGAAACACAACAAACAGAAGAUAAACUAAAACAAAGCCAAAAAUUAUCGUAUGAGAUGUACAAGAACAUCACAAAUAUGAUGGUCAUAUACCUGAGACAACACGAAACCGAAGAAAUAAAGAGAAGUCAACUGAUAGAGUGGUAUUUAGAAGAGAUAGAAAAAGAUCUAGAAAGCGAAGAAGAUUUAAUUGAAAAGAAAACUAUGGUGGAGAAGGUUAUUAAGCGUCUUACAAAAGUUGAUCAAGUUCUCAUUCAGCUUGGUGAAGGAUUGAAGGAUGACGAAGAUAAUUCCGACGAUGAUCCUAUUCUAGUUGUUCAUCCAAAUUAUAUUAUUGACUAG